AUGGCUCCUUCACAGCUGAAGCAGCUCAAGGCGUCAUUACGCGAGACAGGUGUCUUUGGGCCGCAGAAGUCAAAAAAGCAGCGUAAGGCGAAUGCCAAAGAUGCACAAAACCGCCUCCAACGCAAUGCCGCGCUCGAUGACAUCCGAGAGAAAUUCAACCCCUUCGAAGCGAAGGCGCCUGCUCGACGGCAGAAGCAUGAAGUGUUCAGCAACAAAGUCACCAAGCCUACUGUGGGGAGACCUGGUGUUACCCGAGGACUAGGCGAGGAUCGAAGACGCGAGACACUCUUACGCGAGCUCCAGAGCCGGAACAGAGUUGGCGGUCUUCUCGACAGGCGGUUUGGUGAAAAUGAUCCUACCUUAACACCCGAGGAACGAGCAGCCGAACGAUUCGCGCGCCAGAAUGAAAGGAAGCUACGAAAAAGUACCAUGUUUAAUCUUGAGGAUGAGAGCGAAGAAGAAAUGACACUCACUCAUGCUGGUCGAUCGUUGGACUUCUCCGGACAAGUCGUUGAUGAUUACGAACAGGGCGAAAUCGACCGAAACGGCGCAGAUGAAUUUGAGGACCAGGAUGACCGUCCAAAGAAGCGAAUGCGCCUGGAAGACGAAGACAAUGCUUCAGAAGGAGAGACUGUGCCGGAACGCAAGAAGACCAAGAAUGAAGUGAUGCAAGAGAUCAUCGCCAAAUCCAAGAUGCACAAAGCCGAACGCCAGGCGGCUAAAGAAGACGAUGAUGACCUCCGUAUGGAGCUGGACAUGGGCAUGACGGAUUUGUACGAAGUCAUGCGCACGCACAAACCAGCCGCGAAGCCUCUACCAACGCCUCCCAGCGACUCAGAACCGCAGAUGGAUCCAUCGAGAGCGGCGAUGCUAGCAGGAAAAAGCAGAGAGGAUGCUGAGAAAGAGUAUGAGGCCAAUAUUCGACAAAUGAAGAUGGACGCUCGGUCAAAGCCAACGUUUCGAACCAAGACCGAAGAAGAGAAGGCCGUUGAGGAGGCCGAGAGGCUACAAGAGCUGGAACGCAAACGACAAAGAAGGAUGCGUGGUGAAGCAGACAGCUCCGAUGAGGAAGGCGAAGGGGAAAUAGAGGAUGCCGCAGAGGACGAAGAGCCCGACGAUGCGGAGGCUUUCGGUCUCUCCGCACCAGCCUACGCACCGCGGCCACAGCUCGAGGUUGAGGACGAAGACGAAUUUGUCAUUGACGAUGAUCUAAUUGCUAGUGGCUCCGAGCCCGAUCCCGCCUCAGAUGAGGAGGAUUCCGACAGCGAGAGCGGCCGCUCAGAAGACGACGAUGGGGACGACGACUUCAUCAAUGGCUUGGUCUUACCCUCAGCCCAGGCCGCGAAAGGAAGCAACGCUACAGUAUCAAACAAGGAUCUGGCCUACACGUAUCCGUGCCCUCAAACGCACCAAGAGCUACUCGAUCUGCUUCGGGACAAAGCUGUAAGCGACGUGCCAACCGUUGUCCAGCGAAUUCGAGCUCUAUACCAUAAAGGCCUUGCGGAAGGGAAUCAGGCUAAGCUCGGGCGCUUCGCACAUGUUCUUACAGCCCACGUUGCAUACAUGGUCGAUAACGACGAUGAUUUUCAGGGGCCUGUCGUCGAAAGCCUGUUGCGGCAUCUCCAUUCGAUGGCGAAAGAUCAGCCCCAAGAAGUGGCAGCAGCCUUUCGCAACCAUCUGGCAACUAUAUCCGAAAAGCGGCCGCUUGCUCUGACCGCCGGGGACGUGAUGAUGCUCACCGGCGUGUCAAUGAUCUUCCCUACUUCCGACCAUUUUCACACCGUGGCAACGCCAGCGAUGCUUACAGUAGGACGAUAUCUUGGCCAGAGUUCUGUCCAGACUCUGCAAGAUCUAGGACUGGGAGCUUACUGCUGCUCAUUGGCGUUGCAGUAUCAGAAGCUCGCGAAGCGAUACGUGCCAGAAACCAUCAUGUACAUUGUGAAUGCGAUUGCCAUUCUGUCGCCAACCAAGAUGCCUGAGACUAUGAGUCUGCAGGAUUUCGAAGGCAGGCCUCUGGGCAUUCCAAUCCGAAUGCCAGAAAGCUCGCUUCGCAUCAAAUUCGGCCUCAAGGAGAAAGUGGCACCAAAGGCCUCCUUCAAGACACUGGUUCACAGGGCUUCGGCAUCUCAGAGCCAAAGCCUGUCUCUGUUGCACACCUUCAUCCAUCUCGCACACUCUGUCACCAACCUCUGGACCGCCAAAACCGCCUAUCCGGAGCUCAUCCUUCCCCUCGCCCACGCCCUCUCGCACCUCAGCACCACCUCUCUCCCCACCCCGACGCACACUCUUGCCUCCACCACCCUCCAGCAUCUACUCACCACCCUCUCCACCUCCACCUCAACUCGCAAGCCCCUCCUCCUGCACAACCACCGCCCUCUCGCCAUCAAAACAUCCAUUCCCCAAUUUCUGGACAACUACAACCCCAACAAGCACAACGACCCAGACAUCGAGCGCGCACAGCUCAACAAGCUCAAGGCCGAGCACAAGAAGGAGCGCAAGGGCGCGAUGCGCGAGCUGCGCAAGGACGCCAACUUUGUCGCGCGCGAGCAGCUGCGCGAGAAGAAGGCCAAGGACGAGGCGUACGAGAAGAAAUUCAAGCGCUUGGUGGCGGAGAUUCAGGGCGAGGAGGGUCGCGAGGCCAAGGAGUACGAGAAGGAGAAGAGGAGGAGGAAAGACGGGCGUUAA